GAAAUUAUCAUUUUGAGUGGUGAAGGGGUUCUAUAGUUUACUCAUAUACUUUGGUCGAUAUCUCAAACCAUAAAAAUGGGUAAAGAAAUAAGAUGGUUUUCGGUAUUUUUAUCCAUCUAUUUUCAAAUUAUCUUUUUGUUCAUUUCCAAAUCAGUAAACGCUCAGUGGGGAAUAUACUGCCCAAACGACACCAUGUUCGCAAACAAUAGUCAAUAUCAAGCCAAUCUCAACACCGUCUUCCGUUACCUCUCCUCAAACGCUACCGACCCCACCGGCUACCAUCAAGCGGUUUCCGGCCACGACAACCCAAAUAGCGAGGCCGUCUAUGGCCACUUCCUCUGCCAGGGAGACAUAAACGCCAGUUCAUGCCAUGAUUGCGUCACCGCUGCCACCACCACCGACCUACCUAAGAAAUAUUGUCCCAACGGAAAAGUUGCCAUGAUAUACUACGAUACAUGUAUGGUAAGGUACUCAAACCAAUCAUUUUUUGGUAAAAUGGACGGGUGGCCAGCGUGGCCUAUGUCGAACCAGAAUAAUGUAACUUGGAACAUGACCCGUUUUAAGGAACUAUUGUACAAUAUGAUGUACAAUGAGAUUGCUAAACGUGCUCCAAAUGGGUUGCAUAAGAAAUUUGCAACUGAUAUUGCAAAUAAUACAAUCUUCCAAACAAUAUAUGGGUUGGGUCAGUGUACACCGGAUUUGACCCCUAGUGAUUGUAAUAUAUGCUUGGAGAAUGGUAUUGCGAAGUUGGAGUUGGCUCAGGGUUCACGAUAUUGGCAGGCUAGUUGUGUUGUACGCUACGAGAUAUAUCCUUUUUUUGAUUUAUCAACGCUCCCGCCAACACCUCAACCGUUGCCACCGCCUCCGCCGUUGCCACCACCUCCACAACAGUCUCCCACCAGUAAUUCUAUCUACUCUGGAGGGAAAACAAUCUCAACGAAGGUGAUUGUCGCCGUCGUCGUCCCCUCAUUGGCCGUCUUAGUGGCAUUAGUCGUUGUAAGCAUUUGUUGCCCGAAAUACAAGACAAAUAAGGAGUAUGACAUCGCAAAAUAUGGUGAUGAUUUGCCAACCGUUGAGUCUCUGCAAUAUGAUCUAGCAACGCUUCAGUCUGCAACAAAUAACUUCUCAGAUGAAAAUAAAUUGGGUGAAGGUGGAUUUGGUAGUGUUUAUAAGGGUACACUAUCAAACGGGCAAGAGAUAGCAGUCAAGAGGUUGUCUAAGAACUCUACUCAAGGAGUACAAGAAUUCAAAAAUGAGGUCUUAGUAGUAGCCAAACUUCAACACCGGAAUUUAGUGAAGCUAUUGGGAUUUUGUAUUGAAGGGAAAGAAAAGUUACUGGUGUAUGAAUAUUUGCCCAACAAGAGCCUUGACUGUUUUCUUUUUGAUCUUGAAAAUGAAGGAAUACUUGACUGGGGUACGCGUUACAAAAUUAUAAGAGGCAUAGCUCGGGGAAUGCUUUAUCUCCAUCACGAUUCUCAACUAAAAAUUAUACAUCGAGAUCUUAAGGCAAGUAAUGUCUUGUUGGAUGCCGACAUGAAUGCCAAAGUUUCAGAUUUUGGCAUGGCAAGGAUUUUUGUUGUGGAUCAAACCCAAGACAACACCAACAGGGUUGUUGGAACACAUGGCUAUAUGGCUCCAGAGUAUGCAAUGCACGGACAAAUCUCUAACAAAUCCGAUGUAUAUAGUUUUGGCGUCUUAGUGUUGGAAAUAAUUAGUGGCAAGAAGAUUACUUCAUUUUAUCUAUCAGGCGAAGAACAAGACCUAAUAAGCUAUGCAUGGAGACAAUGGAGAGAUGGCUUGUCUACGGUAUUUGUUGAUCCAACCAUAAGAGAUUCGUGCUCAAUGGACGAAGUAAUGAGAUGCAUGCAUCUAGGAUUGCUAUGUGUUCAAGAAUCUGCAGAUGAUAGACCGACUAUGGCAACAGUAGUCCUUACUCUAGACAGUUAUUCGAUUACUCUUCCGGUGCCUGAAGUACCAAGUUUCUUCACUAAGAGUAGUGUUUCGAAUAAGGAGAUUGGUUAUGAUCAAUCAUCAGGCAAAUCAGCACCGUGGUCGGCAAAUGACGACUCAAUCACUGAAUUUGAACCUAGAUAGAUAAAAAUAUAUAUCUUUAACGACAACCUAAUCCUCGGGCAAUGCCUGUGAUGAUAUUGUAGCGUGUAGGCCAGUCCAGUUCUCCUUGUUUUCUAGAAUCCGAGGCACAUAUAAUAAUAAGUUACGUAGUACUACCUCCGUUUUAAAAUGAUCUUUAUACUUUUCGUUUUAGUCCAUUUCAUGCACUCCCAGAAUUUGUAUCUUUAAUGA